UUGCAGGAGGCGCCGACACCGACUAUGGGAUUACAAAGCUCGGAGGCCCGGGAUGGAGGCCUGCGGGGCCGGGACCGCGGGCCUGCGGGGCCGGGGGAGGCCUCUCAUCACGCCUCGUUACAUGUGGAAUUUAUAAAAUACCCACAAUACAUGCAUAAAGUCUACAUUCAACCGGUUUCCGGGUCCGGUCAAUUAAUGGAUAGCUCCGUUACUUGGUUUAUUUUUGGUGCAGCAUUAGAGAACGAAGCACAAAGGUCUGACGGCUGA